UGCAGGAGCUGGUCUCACAAUCCACAGCAGUGUGUCGGACUGCUCUCUGCUGUGCCGCAGCUCACUUGGUGCAGCUGGGUGGUUGGGGUCUUCUGCCCAUGGGGGAAUUUGGGGUUCCCUCAGCCGAUGGGGGGUACUCGAAGGCUAUUACUGAUAACAGCUAAUAGUAAAAUAUUUGUAUCUAAGUCAUGGGAAUCCAGUUUCAGUAAAACAGCUCUUUACAAUGUCUGCUAAAGAGUAAGUUAUCUGCGGUUUCCUAAUGGAAGUAGGAGUGUGUGCUGGUGUCUGGAUGGAUGAAGGCGGAUCCCUUUCAGUUUCAUCUCAGAAGCCAUAAUCAACAGACCACGUCAUUUAGACAUCCUGUGACAGGACAGGUUUCUCCAGAAAAUAUUGAAUUUAUUUUGCAUGAAGAACUAAAUUCACCUAUGUCCAAGCAACAAAUAAACCAAAGACCUUCAAGCAUGGUCAGCGAAUCAUCCACUGCAGUAACUAUGUCUGCUGUUGAUACAAAGCCUGGUUCUAAGGUAGUGAAGACUGGAAACAAAGUUCAUAGCUUUGGAAAGAGGGAACAAGCUAUCAGAAGGAACCCCAAUGUUCCUGUUAUAGUAAGAGGCUGGCUACACAAACAGGAUAGCUCUGGUAUGCGAUUAUGGAAAAGACGAUGGUUUGUGCUUGCUGAUUAUUGUUUGUUUUACUACAAAGACAGCAGAGAAGAAUCUGUGUUGGGUAGCAUACCAUUGCCUAGUUAUGUAAUAUCUCCAGUUGGACCUGAAGAUCGCAUAAAUCGCAAGUUUUCCUUCAAGGCUGUUCAUACAGGAAUGCGGGCAUAUAUUUAUAAUAAGAAUUCUGUUAUUGGCUCUCAGGCAGAGCAUUCAGGGAUGCGGACAUACUACUUCAGUGCAGAUACCCAGGAGGAUAUGAAUGGCUGGAUCCGGGCUAUGAACCAAGCUGCUCUUAUGCAAACACGCUCUUCACUGAAGAGGGAAAAUGAAAAACUGGAUCAGCAGGCUGUUCCCCAAGUCAAUCAUGUGGAUGCCUGUAAAGUGUGUGUGAAGUCAGAGAGUACAGAUACAAAAGAAAGUUAUCAAAAAUCUGCUGAAAUGCUUGGUUAUGAUAAGCGUGAAGAAACAAGAAGAGAAAAAGAGGAGGAGGAGCGUUAUAUCCUCAGAAAAGAAGCUCUGGACUCUAAGAAGGGAAAGGCUAAGCAUGCGUUAACAGAAGUUGAUUCAUUAUUUCCAGAUUUAACAAAUGCACCACGGUCUCAAGCAGCUCAGCCUCUGCCUGUUGAGAAGAAUGGAACGCUUCCUAGUUCAUUAAGUAUGAGUGCUGGACUAGUGGAGCAGAAUGGUACCAGCUCAUAUAAAAGAGGGUUUGUUCCCAGAACAAAUCCAGAUAAACAGAUUCAAAGAAAAAGUAAUAUGGCUCAAGUGGAGCACUGGGUAAAAGUCCAAAAAGGAGAUACAAAAAGCCUUGCUUCUGAUCAGACUCUUACACGUCAGGGCCCUAAUCCACCUUUUCCUGAAAACUAUCACACUUUGCCAAAGAAUACCAGGCAGCCUUCAGGGAGCUCACCACCACCACCAAACCGCAAUUUGCCGAGUGACUACAAGUAUGCACAAGACCGUGUUAGCCACUUGAAGAUGUCCCAGGAGGAAAGGAAAGCAAAUAAGGACGGAACUGUUUGGCAGCUCUAUGAGUGGCAGCAGAGACAGCAAUUUAAGCAUGGCAGCCCCACUGCCCCGCUGUAUGUAGGCUCUUCGGACUUUAUGGAUCGGGGUAAGUCAAAAAGUUCGUUGGAUGUUCCACGAUCAAUAUCCGUUCCACCCUCUCCAUCUGAUAUUCCUCCACCUGGGCCACCGAAAAGCUUUCCCCCGAGGAGACCACACACUCCUGCAGAAAGGCUUACAGUUAAACCAUCUGAUGAGAGACAGACUGCAGACAGCCCUUUCACUGGAUCACCCAGGAAGAUACAAAGUCAUGCUGUAAAGAGCUCAGCUCACAUUGAUCGACGCUCCAUGCCAGCUAUGGGCUACAUGACCCAUACUGUGAGCGCACCCAGUUUGCAUGGCAAGUCGGCUGAUGACACUUACAUCCAGCUGAAAAAGGAUUUGGAGUAUUUGGAUCUGAAGGUGACAGGGCGUGACACAUUAAAAGAACGAAGUACAAAACCUGUCAAGAUUGCAGAAAGUGAUAUUGAUGUCAAGCUGAGCAUUUUCUGUGAGCAGGACAGAAUUCUGCAGGACUUGGAGGACAAAAUUAGAGCUCUUAAGGAAAAUAAAGAUCAGCUGGAGUCAGUUUUGGAGGUUUUACACAGGCAAAUGGAACAGUACAAAGACCAACCACAGCAUGCAGAAAAAAUUUCCUACCAGCAGAGACUUUUGCAAGAGGAUCUCAUACAUAUUCGGGCUGAAAUAUCCAAAGUUUCGACGGAAAUGGAAAAUGCCUGGAAUGAGUAUCUGAAACUAGAAAAAGAUGUGAGCCAUCUGAAAAAAGCCUUACAGGAACAGAUGAAUAGUUCUUUGGUAUCUCAGGAGAAAGCACAAAUACAAAAAGACUUGUGGAGGAUUGAAGAUGUUACAGCUGGCUUGAGUGCAAAUAAAGCAAAUUACAAAACCAUAGUAGACUCUAUCAAGAAUCCAGAGAGAAAAAUAGUGCCUUCAUUUUCUCAGUCUACAGUGCCUUCCUUACCAGCUUCUCUCACAACCGUGGAGAGCAAACCCUCCAUUCCGCAGAGCCCUCCACCCAGCCCGGUCAAACCUUCUUUGGAGGUCAGGCUGUAUCCACAGCCUUAUUUCCAGGCCAGAACGCAGCACCAAGCACCGCAGCUGAAAAAAAUUGAGCCGCCUCUUCAGUCGCCAGUUAGGCUAAAGCCAAAGGUUGAAGAUGAAGCACCACCCAGACCUCCUCUCCCUCAGUUAUACAGUCCUGAAGAUCAGCCACCAGCCGUUCCACCUCUCCCAAGAGAAGCCACUGUCAUCAGGCACACAUCAGUGCGGGGCCUGAAACGUCAGUCAGAUGAAAGAAAGAGAGACAGAGAACUAGGACAGUACGUAAAUGGAGAUUAUAGGGUAGAGCUGCGUUCAUAUGUGAGUGAACCAGAACUAGCAACGAUAGGUGGUGACCUCAGCCAACCUUCCAGCGGUUUAAUAAGCUCUGAUAGUGGAUACCAGACAUUACCUACCCGUGGUUUAUCUGGAUCAACUUCCAGAUUGCACCAAUCAUCUACCAUUUCAUCAUAUGCAACGCUUCGAAGGGAUAGGUCCAAGGACAGACCAAAGAGUGCCUUGGAACGUUUAUACUCUGGAGACCACCAAAGAGGCAAGAUGAGUGCAGAGGAGCAACUAGAAAGAAUGAAACGACAUCAGAAGGCGUUAGUUCGGGAACGCAAGAGAACUCUUAGCCAAGGAGAAAGGCAGUCUGUUUCAUCUCGGUCUUUCGUCAGGCCCAUUUCUGCAGACAUAGGCUCAUGGAAACGAGAGCAAGAAUUUGAUUUGCAGUUACUGGAGAGGGCCAUUCGUGGAGAAGACAAGGAUGAAAAUGAAUGGCUAAAAGUUCAGCCAAUAGCAGUAGCAGUAACAGAGACAGACCUGGAGCCUCAAGACUAUGAUUUAGAUAUCAGCAGAGAGCUUUCAAAACCUGAGAAGGUUGCAAUUCCAGAACGCUAUGUUGAGAUGGAGCCAGAAGAACCUCUUUCUACAGAAGAACUGGCAGCAAGGCAGCGUAAAGCAGAGAAGAUAAAGAGUAUUCUUACUAAAUCAAGUAUGCACAAUCUACAGCCUACUAUUGCCCAGGACAAGCACAACUCAGUUGAUUUAGAUUCACAGCUGCAAGAGCAGGAACGCAUCAUUACCAUAUCAUACGCUUUGGCUUCUGAAGCCUCUCAGAGGAGCAAGGAGGUAGCAGCUCAGCAGUUGACCUUUCCACCUAAAGCACCCUCACCUUCUGUACCACAGCCAUCUCACUCCCCCUUAAGCAAUGGAUUUCACUACACAUUUGUUUAAACACCUUAAAACCAAAGCAGUAAGCGAGCACUGAUGUAAGACUCAAAGCAAAUCCCACCUAGUGACACUGCAGAGAAGAAAGAGGAGAUUCAUUACCUGCUUUUUGUGGAGAUGCUCAUCGGCUGAUCACACGUUCUUUUGGAAAUAUGUUCAGAGAAUAAUGGGGGGAUUUUCUAUGAAAAUGAAGAGAAUUGCAAAACAUUUUAUUCUGAAUUCAGCUUAGUUCAGACUUUUUAUAUGAAUAAAUGGCACUUUUAAUAAACUCUGUAAAAUACUGACAAUGUAUUUUUAGAACAGAAUGUAUUUUAGAAUUUGUUUAAAUCAAGGGCUGCAUUCAUUUUAAGAGGAACUACUUAGGUAGUUGUUACAGGAUGCUGUUACUUCCCCCUCAGGCUCAGAUGCACAAUGUAAAGUUUCAUGAAAAAAAUGUAAAUUGAACAAUCUUAGGUGCACAUUCAUAGGGUAUGGGUAGAGCUAACUCAAGUGAGAGGUUUAAUGCAAGGGUGUUUUGGAUCGAAUAUUUUUGUAGAGUUAAUCACCCACCCUUUUGCCCAUGAAAUGAUAUUUUGCAAGGAACUUUUAGUUUGAUUUGCUAAAUAUUAAUAACCACUGUAUAGAUGAAAUUUUCCAUGAAAGCCAUAAUGAUAACCAGUUUUAACUCCUGUCUCCUUUCUUGAUUGCGUAUGAUUAACUUGAUGGUAUCGAUAUACAGUCUGUUAGGUUGCUCUUGACAGUAGUAACAAACAGCUAACAGAUUAUAUAUAUAUUUUUUUUAAAGUUGAGAUGUGGAAGAAGAAAACUUUAAAUUACAAUAUGUGAAGUAAGCAAUAAAAAAUAGGGCAUGCCAUUUUACUAGAAAAUAUAUUUUUUUCUUUUGAUUUUUUUUCAAUAAACAGUAUAAUAUGAUGUAUUGACUAGUAUUUAUCCUGGAAAAGGUAAAACUAACGUAACAUGGCACCUGCUAAUUUUGUACGUAAGUUCUCCUGGUGCUUUACUUUGCCAAACUUUGAAAUUCAGUGUUUUACUUACUUAUAGGGCAAAGGGUGAGGUGGUUACAUAAGGAGAAAAUAAGAUUAAAUGAAUGGCUGCAACUGCUUUACUUGAAGAAAACAGAACUGAGUGCAAGAUAUGCAAAAAUUGCCCAAUACUAUGUAAUGGUUAGUUGAGUUCAGCUCUAGAUGAGAAAUGGCUGACAAAUACUUCUGCAGUAUUUUAUGAAACCACUAACUUGUUUGCUAUAUCCAAGUGAUAGAUAUAGUCCCCUGGAAACUGACUGACCUUCAAGUUUCAGAUUUUGACAGAAAUCAUAUUAACACUGUACUCAGAAAUACUCUUAAAAAUAUAUAUUUAGCUAAUGUAAUCUAUUUUACCUCAAUACUGCCAGUAUCAACUUCAAAGCCUUUUGCCAAAAUAAUGAUUUAUUUUUGCCUUUAUAAAAAGUUUUGAAAGCAUAAAUGACUAUUUUGCAAGAAAACAUUAAUUUAAAUAAAAUGUAACAGUUUGGAAAAUGGUAUAUGUACAGAUUAAAAUAUUAAC